UCUGGGUCUGGGUUCCGGGAGGCAGCAGCGCUUGCGGAGCUUGCCCCACAAUCCCGGACCGCCAUGUCGGCCUUCGACACCAACCCCUUCGCGGACCCAGUGGACGUAAACCCUUUCCAGGAUCCCUCCGUGACCCAGCUAACCAGUGCCCCACAGGGUGGCCUGGCUGAAUUCAAUCCCUUCUCAGAGACAAAUGCAGCAACAACGCUUCCAGUCACACAGCCUUCUGGGCCCUCACAGCCGGCAGUUCUCCAGCCUUCAGUGGAACCGACCCAGCCCACCCCCCAGGUCAUCGUCUCUGCAGCCCAGGCAGGCCUGCUUCGUCAGCAGGAAGAGCUGGACAGGAAAGCCGCUGAACUGGACCGCAAGGAGCGGGAGCUGCAGAACACUGUGGCCAACUUACAUGUGAGAGAGAACAACUGGCCGCCCCUGCCUUCCUGGUGCCCUGUCAAGCCCUGCUUCUAUCAGGACUUCUCCACAGAGAUCCCUGCUGACUACCAGCGGAUAUGCAAGAUGCUCUACUAUCUCUGGAUGUUGCAUUCAGUGACUCUGUUUCUGAACGUGCUUGCCUGCCUGGCCUGGUUCACAGCUGACCCUUCCAGGGGAGUGAACUUUGGCCUCUCGAUCUUGUGGUUUCUCAUCUUCACCCCCUGUGCCUUCCUUUGUUGGUACCGACCCAUCUAUAAGGCUUUUAGGUCGGACAACUCUUUCAGCUUCUUCGUGUUCUUCUUUAUAUUUUUCUGUCAAAUAGGGAUCUACAUCAUCCAGUUGGUUGGCCUCCCUGGGCUGGGUGACAGUGGUUGGAUCGCAGCCGUGUCUACACUGCACCAAGACCCCUUGCCUGUGUCCAUCAUCAUGAUGGUGGUGGCUGGCUUCUUUACCCUCUGUGCUGCGCUGGCCGUUGUCCUCCUGAAGCGGGUGCACUCCCUCUACCGUCGGACGGGGGCCAGCUUUCAGCAAGCCCAGGAGGAGUUUUCCCAGGGCUUCUUCAGCAGUCGGAGCUUCCGCAGUGCUGCAUCCUCUGCUGCCCGAGGAACUUUCCAGGGGAAUUAA